GGGACUACCAGCCACUGCCAGUGCCUGGUGGGCCAACCAGUCAGCGUUGCCGCCUUGCGCUUCGAUCCGCUGUCGGUGUUCGCCAUCAUCGUGCUGUCGGCCAUCACUAACAACUCCUUCACUCUUCGAAUUCAUCAACAUUGAACCCGCCUCUUUUCUCCAAGAAGCAGAAAGUCUGUUGUGGUUGUCUUUGUGAGGCCCCACCGUGGAGUAGCGGAUCCAUCACCACCUUCCCAACGAACCCACCGAUAAGCCGUCGACAUGAGGCUCUCCCCAAUCGUCCUCGCCCUCGCUGCGACUGCCAGCGCCCGGAACGUUUUCCGCAGCGGAGGCCAGAGCCUCGUCAAGCGCGACGACAAUCUCAAGGUCCCGGGCGAGAACCCGCUCCAAUUCUGCAAUGCCGACCGUGAUGAGGAUCUCAUUACCAUCGACGAGGUCACCUUGUCCCCGAACCCGCCUGCAGCGGGCACCACCCUCAACAUCGAAGCUAGCGGCACGGUGAAUGAAACGAUCCUCAAAGGCGCUUAUGUGAAGCUCGAGGUCAAAUAUGGCUACAUUCGCCUGAUCAGCACGACGGCCGACCUGUGCGAGCAGCUCGGUAAUGUGGACCUCGAGUGCCCCAUCGAGCCGGGAAAGCUUUCUAUCACCAAGACGGUCGACCUGCCCAGCCAGAUCCCUCCGGGCAAGUACACCGUCCUGGCUGACGUCUACAACGACGACGACGUGCAUAUCACUUGCUUGACCGCUACCGUGACCUUUGGGGGCAAGUCGCUGGGCGGGAUGGUCGAUCUCUAAAGUAUCGCAUUGGUUGUUUUACAUGGGAGUAGUGAUCGGGUUCGACAAUGGAUAUGGUAUUUGGUAUGCGUACAUAUGGCGAUGUCUAGGAUCGCGACUGGUUCAUGUGUUUGUUUGUGCUUGUCAAUCAGGAGUCCCAUUGGCUUAAUCUGUUCUGCAUCUCUUUCAUAGCAUACUGAAGACACACGGAGUCCAGAGGCUGGCAUAAUGGAAUGCAGGAUGGAUAUUGCAUUGGUUAAC